UUCCAUAGGGGAAAAAAGAAAAAUAUGAGGUUCAAUAAUUUCUUAAUCGUUAUCUACUUCAUUUAUCUAACCCUAGCUUACAUUUUACAAGCACAAAACUCCCACCAAGACUACGUCAAUGCACACAAUGCGAUUCGUGCUCAUGUGGGGGUUGGUCGGAUUACUUGGAACUACUCGGUGGCUGCCUACGCUCAAAAUUACGCCGAUCAAAGAAGGGGAGACUGCGACUUGGAUCAUUCCAUGGGGCCUUACGGAGAGAACUUGGCAGAAGGUUAUGGUAAUUUGAAUGGAAUGGACGCGGUGAAGAUGUGGGUUAGCGAGAAACCUAACUAUGAUUAUGCAUCAAAUUCUUGUGUUGGCGAUGAGUGCUUGCAUUACACUCAGGUUGUUUGGCGAAAAUCGACUCAACUUGGCUGUGGGAGGGUGAAGUGCCAGAAUGGAUGGUGGUUUGUCAUUUGCAGUUAUUAUCCUCCAGGGAAUAUUGAAGGUGAACGUCCUUAUUGAGGCAUAGCAUAAGAAAAUGUAUGUCUUAAUCAAUAUUGAUUGGAAGUUUUAGAAGUGGCUACAUCUUGUAUGAAGCAGAAGUUUAUGUUUAUGAAAUAAAAUAAGUUAAAUUAGAAGAUUAUUUGUUUUUGUGAAAACAAGGAAAGGUGCAAGAGAGUGUAAUUCAGUAAUCAAUAUGAGAAAAAAGAAAAAAAGAAAAAGAUGAUAUGCUAAUUCUUUCACUCCAUGAUUAGCUC